UCCCUACCUCCUAUUUGACUCUUUUGUUCCCUUCUCCAUUAAGAUUCCUCACCGCUAUUCUCUUAUCUCAAAAAUCGCAACCGAACGAACUCUGUUUCUCUCUCGGUAUUUACGGACACCAGUUGAAAAUGCCGAGUCGCUGUGAGAUCUUCUGCGAGAUACUCAUCGCAAUCUUGCUCCCUCCUUUGGGCGUUUGUUUCCGCCACGGUUGUUGCAGCGUUGAGUUCUGCAUUUGUUUGCUCCUGACUAUUCUAGGUUACAUUCCCGGAAUCAUCUAUGCUCUCUAUGCCAUCGUGUUUGUGGAUCGCGAUCAGUACUUCGACGAGUACAGGCGUCCCCUCUACGCCCCCGCCUAGUCGCGUUCGCUCGCAUGCUCGCCCUUAUGUGGAGUUCUGUAUUGGCUUCCAUCUGUGUCUGCUAUGUUAUAUGUUCAUGGACGAAUUUGCCCUUUAUAUACCAUUUUUGUUUGACAUCAUGAUCUGUACUGUAUAAAACAGCACCAACUCAUGCCUAGCUAGUUGCUCUUCAUCUCUUUGCCUCUCAUCUUGUGUACACUUUAAGUUGAUGAUAUUCAAUUCUUUUAACAUGUAAGCCUCUCUAUUUGCCCUUAGUUUCCCACCUUUUUGCCGAGAAGAGCCUCUGCAUACAUACGGUCUGCAUGUGUUUGCACACACAUCUGCAUUUGAUUCAGAUGUUACCAAUUUAUGUUUGAUUUGUUUCAUUUGGGAAAAUUUAUUCAGAUCACAUGAUGAAGCAGAACUAUCAGAUGGAUUUUUCAGGUGAUUGAUUAUAUAAACAAACUAAUGGAAACUUCAGCCAAGGAUGUAAAUGAUGGCAACCGGUUCUUGGUUGAGGCUACAGUUAAACUUGUGUAAGAUGUAAAUGAUGGCAACCCAUUAGCUUUUCUUCAUAAUUGUUCCUUCAUAAGAACAGGGCAAUAUUUUUUAACACGAAGGUUUUUGUUAA